GAUAAUCUUGGAACUUUUCCAUUUACAUCAGAAAACAUGUCUUAAUGAAAGUGUCACUCAGUACGCGAAUAAAUUACACCGCUAUGCGGUAACGUUACUCCGGUGAGUCAAGUGAAAUCAGCCCGCCCUUUCACUACCCACCGGCCACCUUCUCCAAGAAGCCUAUAAAACCGCCACUGAGCCAAACCCGGACAGUUAGCUAGUUGCUACAACACAAGACACCUCUCGAACCUGGACCGAGCAACUACUUUACAGUAAUGGAGUGCCAUCUUCUUGGAAGCCUUGUACUCAUAAGCUUACUCCAGAGCACACUGGCUCUGAAACCCAGAGAGGUGUGCCUUCUGCAAGUGGAUGAAGGACCGUGCCGAGGAGACAUCCAGCGCUUCUACUACAACACAAUCACCCAGCGGUGUGAGGAAUUCGGUUAUGGUGGCUGUGCUGGCAACGACAACAACUUCGUCUCGUUUCAGGAAUGUCAGAAAACGUGCUUCACCAUACCAAAAAUCCCCCAGAUCUGUCGCUUUCAGAAGGAUGAGGGGACGUGCCGCGCCCUGAUCAGACGUUACUUUUUCAACAUGACCUCCAUGCAGUGCGAGCCCUUCUACUAUGGAGGCUGCAUGGGAAAUGAGAACAACUUCCAAGACCACCAGUCAUGCAUGGAAUACUGCAGACCUCCAAAAUCUACCCCUGUGAUCUGUUUGGAUGUCCUGGAUAAAGGCAGGUGCUCUGCCUCCAUACUAAGAUAUUAUUUCAACCCUGCCACAAAAAUGUGUGAAGAGUUCAUAUACACAGGAUGUGGGGGAAGCAGCAACAAUUUUGUCUCCAAAAAGAGCUGUAUGGAUGUUUGUGGUAGAAAGAGCAAUCUGUGGAAACAAAAGAAGAAGACAAAUCCAAGAUGGGUCCUAAGGAAAAUAUAAUGCCCUUUACAAGUGCAGCAGGCUUUUUUUAUUUUAAGAAAAAGGUUUGCAUUCAGAAGUGGACAAGGGACACAUACUUAAAUAGCUUUUACCCACAAUGUAAUGUGAAUACAUUGUACCAGAUGUGUUCUAAUAACAGUAUGUAAAUUAACAUAUACUGAUAGCAACAGAAUCUCAAAAUGUAUUUUUCAGCUAUACUAUUAUGUAUUGGAAUUGCACUGUGAAUUUUUUAUACUCACUGAAUUUUCUGUUUUUAGAGCUCUACAUGUGAUAUUCACAGAAAGUGACUUGUUUUAAAUGGGCCUUUAAGUAAACUUUGCAGGGCUUACUUAUAUGCUGUUUAAACCUGUUUUUUGUUUAUGUAUUUUUAAAUGUUUUACACAUUUAAAAUUUCAUUUGAACGUCUGUUAUGUAAAAAGUAUGUAUGUCUUUUAUAUUUUUUACAUGUUUUGUGUAUUUGUUUUAAAUAAACAACCACACAAUUUUGUCUUCUAAUAA